CCCCGCCGCUUCCGUCCGCAUCCCGGCCGCUUCCUGCGGCGUCUCUGCACCGGGCACGGGAUAGUGCUCCGCUGCAGGAGCUGGUGUCUGCUUCCUGGCCGGCACGGUGCUACCCGCAGGCCCGUCCCGCCUGCCUCCGCUCAGGCUCUACCUAAAAGGAUACAUGUUCACUUCAAGUAGAAAGGAGCAUGUUCCCAAAUUCUUCCAACUUGGGUCGUCCACCCUUCUCUCCAAAAUAUCAACAGCAGAGUACUUUCUUCACUAAAAUUCCUCUAAAUAUACCUCCUACUCUUCUUUCUCACCAGCAAAUUAUUGUUCCUCCAUUUCAUUUUCGCAGUGCAGUUCUUUCUAGAACUCUUUUGAGUGGGAACAUUGAAGCCGCUCCAGCUGUUACUCCAGUUGUUACACUGCAACCAAUGACUUAUGGAAGUGUUAGUCCUGUGUCUACAUCAGAUGCCCUGACAUCAUUUCAAGGAAGAAAGAGACAAAGUCAACAGAGUCUUCCAGAUGAUGCCAAACGGCAGCGGAUUCAUUCACGUGAUUCUGACACAGCUGUAGUUACCCAAGCAGUGCCUUUACCAGAAGAACACAGACGCUCCUUCCCAGCAUCAGUUUCAGUUCUGUCUCCAGUGUUGCAUGCCGGUGGCUCACCUGCCUUAAUUGGAUAUGUCCCUCCUUUGCAAGAUACUUUGUUUCUGGACCCUACAGAAACCACGCUCCCUGUUGCCAAUGACAAGUUAAGUCAACAGGUUUUGGAGUUGUUUCAGGCAUGUCGGCAACAGGCCUCUGAUUUGGACAGAAAAGAGCUCUGUAGAACAGAACUCCAGAGAGAAAUUCAGCUAAUUUUUCCACAGAGCAGACUUUUUUUGGUUGGGUCAUCACUGAAUGGAUUUGGCACUCGUACCAGUGAUGGUGAUUUGUGCCUGGUUGUUAAAGAAGAACCAGUGAAUCAGAAGACUGAAGCAAGACGUAUACUCAGCAUAGUCCAAAAACUCUUCAGUACUAAACUUUCAAGCUACAUUGAGCGACCUCAGCUGAUCAGAGCAAAAGUGCCAAUAGUGAAAUUCAGGGAUAAAGUCAGUAAUGUGGAUUUCGACUUGAAUGUAAACAAUGUGAUUGGUAUAAGAAAUACAUUCCUUCUGAGAACCUAUGCAUUCAUUGAGAAUCGAGUUCGUCCAUUAGUACUUGUUGUUAAGAAGUGGGCAAAUUUUCGUGAGAUAAAUGAUGCCAGUCGUGGUACUUUAAACAGCUAUAGUCUUGUGUUGAUGGUUUUGCACUAUUUACAGACCUUACCUGAACCCAUCCUUCCAUCCCUCCAAAAAAACUACCCAGAAUGUUUUGAUCCUACUAUGCAGUUGUAUCUUGUUCAUCAAGCUCCACGUACCAUUCCUCCUUACAUCUCAAAAAAUGGAUCAAGCCUUGGAGAUUUGCUAAUAGGCUUCUUCAAAUAUUAUGCCACAGAAUUUGACUGGAGCCAUCAAAUGAUUUCAGUUCGUGAGGCCAAGGCUAUUGCAAGACCUGAUGGUAUUGAAUGGAGAAACAAAUUUAUUUGUGUAGAAGAGCCCUUUGAUGGGACAAAUACUGCUAGAGCUGUACAUGAGAAACAGAAGUUUGAUAUGAUCAGAGAUGAAUUUGCACAGGCUUGGCGGUUAUUACAAGACAAGAAAGACCUGGACUGUAUAUUACCUUUAAAAGCAGCCAAACAGAAAAGAUAACUAGCUUCUUUCAUUUUCCACUUUUUUUGGAUCCUGCUGAAAUAAAGAACAGUGUCAAAAUCAGGAGGCACCUACCCCAUGGUUUUUACGACCUGUUUUUCUCUGUAAACUUUUGUUAAGGAAAUGUUUAUAAGGAUGUGGCAUAUUUUAUUAUCGGUGUUUGUUAAUACAGCUGUUAAUUCAAAUAUAUACUUUCUGAAAAUGCUUGCAUUGUUGACUUCUAGAAGAAACUCACAGCAAACAAGAGGAAUACAUCUAUUUAAAGGAAAGUACGGGGAUAUACUGACUUGUUUCUUGUGUGAUCUGUGUAACCAUUAAUUCAGACAGAUUUAACUAUGAAAGAUAGACAUUCAAGGUUGAACCAUGGGCAAAUCUGACUACAUCCUUAAGGCACAGUGCACUACCAACUUCUUGAUGAAGAGAGAGUCUGUGUUUUACUUCUGCUCAACUUAGCACUUUCCAGUUUUAUUUCACUUUUACUUGGAAUAAAAAGCAACUGUUUAUGAGAAUUAAGCUAGAUUAUGGUUGGUUGUAUUGUGAAUAUCAAGAACUAUAAUCUAAACUGGAAUUUUAAGCAACAGUUGUACUGUGAAGAAGUUGAAGUAAAAAAGCUCAAUUCAAUGCACAUAAACUCUUCACAUUCAAACAGAGUAGGAAGGAAAAUUUUUAGUGCUUCCUUUUACAUAUUUGAAGUAGUAGUGAUGUGUCUUUUGGAUAAGAAGACCAAACAAAAUCAAAUCAGUGCUAAAAUAAGCUGGGCUUCUCGUUUGGUUCUGUGUAAAUGUUAGUGAAUUGGUCAGCCACUGUAAAUUGAAUCUAAAUAUGUAAUAUUGAAAAUUACAGCUCUUCCCAAAAAACUGCAAACGUUCUCUUAGACCUCCUAUAGCACAAUUUGUGUGUCUCAUAUAUUUGUUAUUGAAGACCAAUUAAUUUUGAAGACUGUAUUUACCACUGUCAAUAUCAAAUUCGUACUUCCAUUUUUUAAGUUUAAUACUUUAUAUGGUGUCCAGUGUAAUAAAGUUUAUAUCUGGAAGAUACGGGUUAUUUUUCCAAUUUAUGUUGUUUUGUACUGAGUAUUUAAAAUAUUUGCUAUAAUUAAGUAGAAUAGAAAAUGCUUCAUGAGGUAAGACCUGUGUUGCAAUUCAUCAAGAUCUGUCAUGGCUAUUCUGCAGUAUAUCUGUGAAUAGGCAAAAGUUUGGUUCAUUACAUUCUCUAACAAGAGUGUGAAAACCCUUAUAAUUGUAAAAUAACAAGCAUUAUGUCUUCUUGUGCAAACUUUUAAGUUCUAGUUUAUUUAGAAGUUCUAAGUACUGUAAAUUAUAUGCCUGAUGUGAGAUUACUUCGUACACACUUCAUCACAGUCUAGUCUAUGUAGAAUUUUGCCUUGUUUCUGCGAUUGACUUUUCUUCUGCAAUUUAAACUGUCUUUCAGUUUUAAUAUGACUCUAGCAGUCCACUGAAAUGUUCUUCCUUCUUGCAUAUGUUCACCCUCGUUGCUCUUUCUGUAUAGGAGGAUGGUAGACUUGGGUGUCAGUGAAGCAUUCACUUUGAUUCACUUUAUGUAAAAUUGAAGCACAAGAUUUUAGGACAGGAUAAUGUCUGGAUUCAAAGAUGCUCUACAAGCUCUAUGUAGAUUCUGGGAAAAGGGAGUGUUGGCUGUAUCUUCUUAAAAAAUAUAUUGGCUAUAUCUUUGUCUAGAAAAUUGAAAACUUUCCUGACUUAGGAUAAAUAAGAAGGGACAUAAAUGUUUAAAGUUGGUAAAAAUAUAUUUUAAGAGAGCUGAAUGUGAGAAACAAAACUUAAUAAAAUGCAUAAAACUU